GGGGUUUACAUUAGUCAAGUUACUUGAAUCAAGUUAACUUGAGUCAAGUCAACUUGAAUCAAUUUUGGUGUUUACACUAUAUGAACGAUUUUUGCAAACUUGAAUUCAAGUGGAGGGAUUGUUUUGGUUGUCUGCAGUGAAAAUGGCCGUCACUCCUGAUGAUAUAGCUGAUGCUCUCCGUCAAGUCGUUGCACUGGUAGUACCAUUAGUAAGCGAUGUUACAGUAAAUGCAUUAAGAAAAAAUGAAAGAAGAAGAGGAAGAGUAUGGGUACGGAGUUGGAUUAGUCGUAGAUUAAUUCUUGGAGCCUCAAACAGCUUACUCAGAGAAUUAGCUGUAGAGGACGUGGAUUCAUACAGAAACCACCUAAGAAUGACACCACAAAGGUUUGAUGAACUUUUGACUUUGGUUGAAAAGAAGAUUAAAAAAAAGGAUACAAUGUUCAGGCUAGCAAUACCGGCAAAAACUAAACUUGAAAUAACCUUAAGGUAUUUAGCUACUGGUGACAGUUUCGCUUCUUUGCAGUAUCUAUACAGAGUGCCAAAAAGUUCAAUCAGCAAAUUCCUACCUGAAGUUUUGGCAGCGGUUUACGAAGUACUCGAAGAAUAUAUUAAGGUAAACAAAAAACACAUUAUAUUUUAUAAUUAUGUUUACUGUUACAAGUAG